AUGACACAGUGGGAUUCCGCGAAAUUGUUUCUUGGAGUUGAACUAAAGUGCUGCUCUCUGUAAAAUAGGACAAGUUGACCCGUGUGUGUCUGCGCACAGGGACGUGGACACAAUAGCGCCGUGGGCAAACGCUGUGAUUUUGAUUCGUCCGUUAGAAUUAAAAGGAUCUGGAGGAAGAAAGAGAAAGGAGGUUAGAGAAAGGAGGAACCGGGGAACAUUUUCAAAGCGCUAUCUUUACUGAGCGGGGCGUUUAUUUAUCCUCCGCGCAACCCCGACAAGAAAAGCGCAGUCUGCGCGGAGUGGUCACAUUGAAGACGACACGUGUGGAUGAUUAACCGCAUGUUUCCUGGGAGGACUGCGGACUGAUUACUGUAUCCGCGUUGUCGGAUAGUUUUUCCUCGCCUCUCAAGAUCUAUUGUUUUGCUUCUGUCCUCCCGGCUCUGCUUCAGGGAUCGUGAUGUCGUCGGAAGUCGACGUCUCUGCAGACCGCGUCCCCAGCCGACCACCGCCGGGGCGGAUGGAGGACGUACUGAAAGAGAGCCAGGAGAACAGGACUUUACUGAUGGUGGCGAGGAUUUUGCUGGACUUGAACAAAUGCAGCCCCAACGCUGUCAGCGCCGGAGAAAACAGAUGUCUCGGGGGCAGCGAGGCCGGCGCGCAAGAGAAAGCGGAGUGGGGGAGUCGCCUGAGCUGCGGGGACAGCCGCGGCUCUCCGGCCAGCCAAGCCAAACAUCCCCGGAACACGAAGGCGGCGGCGGCGGGGAGACUGCCGUGCUCCGAGAAGAGACACUGCUGCCCUUUUGCUGGCUGCGGGAAGAUGUACGGCAAGUCGUCCCACCUUAAAGCCCAUCUUCGGGUCCAUACCGGUGAGCGCCCCUUUGAGUGUACCUGGGCAGGCUGCGGCAAGAAGUUCUCCCGAUCGGACGAGCUCACCCGUCACUAUCGCACGCACACAGGCGAAAAGCGCUUCAACUGUCCGAUGUGUGACAAGUGCUUCAUGAGGAGCGACCACCUGAAGAAACACGCCCGGCGACAUCCAGGCUUUCAUCCCAGCAUGCUCCAGGGCUCCGGCGCGGCCAAGAGAAGGCGUUGCUCCGUGUCCGUGUCCUCCUCUGAUUCUGGAGACCGAAGCCCCACCGGGGUGUGAGACACACCCACAUACUGUACAUGUGCACACAAAGGUACAUACUGCACAUACAGAGGCAUACACAGACAUCCACACUCGCGUGUGGCGCCUGUACCUUUUCUACAAAUCCUGUCGAGCCAGACAACCAGCCAGACCACAAUUCAGAGUUUACUACACAUGUAAACGAAGUAAACAUGACAAAUCUGACUGUAAUCACACUAGAACUUCUCCUCUCAUUCCCUGAGGUGAUUGUUAUUUAUUAAGGGUUAUUUCAGGGAAGUUCAGUUCUUCUUCAACUUUAUUGUCUGUUGUCAAAAAAAUGUUCUUUUUUCUUGAAAGAAUCUGCCGUCCAAGUGGAAACCAUGUACCCAUAAAGUGUUUGAAAAACACUGCAUGAGUUCACUUUGCAUCGCAGACUUCCCUUGCAAAUGAAGAGAAUGGGAAGAACGCAAGUCCUUAUAUUCCUAGCGCUUAAAGAAGUUCUGGAAAUAGUCCUUUAAUGAAUAUUGUUAUUGCAUACAUAGACUUAUGCACACUUGAACAGUUGCUUUUCAGCCAGGAUAAUGCAAAUGCACAACACAGCAGUAUUAUCAUGUAAAUAGAUCAAACUAACUUCAGAUGGGUGAUAUACUAAGUCUAGUGUAGUUACAUGUUAUUAGAGAGUAAUAAGAAAACUAUACUAUAGAGAAAUAUAGAGCCUGUUUAUUUAAUUUCACACAUUUUGCCAUGGACUUCAGGUAUAAUCAGGUGUGUUAUGAGCUUGUAGGGAUAAGCAGUGUGUUUCCUGUGUUGAAACACACACAUUGCAAUUAAAUGCACCAAUAUACCUUUAUAGUACCUUGUUGAGGCCAUAAUACACAAGCAAAUCUCAGCAUUUGUGUUGUUUCUUAGUAACGCUUGAAAACAUAACAGGGUAAAACCUUUUAGACGAUAACGUGGUAACAUUUUUUCACUUACUGUUUAAACACUACUCGGUGUUCUGACCACAGUGAUUUAUGUUUAGUAAAAGUCCGUGCCUUUUGACGGUUUUGUGGCAGAGGGGAAUUUCUACGUUUUUCAAUACUACCUGAAUUAACAUCGUCAGAUUCUUUGUGUUGCUGUUCAGUAAUACUUUAAAGCUCAACGACUGUCUUCAAAUGCCAAGAGUGCCAGUUUUGUUUGGACUGCAUUUUUUUUUAAAUCAGGGAAUAAUGUGAUGUGUGGACACAUGACUUAAAAUUACACCCCCUGGUGUUGACAUGGAAGCACAACAUUUCUCGUAGGAUAGAGUCCUAAUUAUUAUUAUUAUUAUUGUUAUUUUUAUUCUUAUUGUUUGUCCUUCCAUUUGAGGAGUGCUUUCUUGAUUAGUUCAACAAAUUCCAUCAUGUAGCAUGUUUGUAUGUAUUUUCUUUGGUACAGUGUAUGUUUUAUUUGUCUGGGGAUCUUUUAUAAUAUUACAAAUGGAAUGAGAGGUCUUAUUAAGCCACUACAGGAGCCAGAUGAAUUAUUAUUGAUGUCAUUAGUUUUCUUUUGUACUUGUCAUGCGAUGCAUUCAAAUGUCCAAAUAGAGUCUGUAGCUUGUAGAAUACAAACUACAUAUAUUUGUGAAGUGAAAUGCUUAUUUUAUUUUAUUUUUCUUCUUUUCUGGCAUUAUGAUGACUGUGAUUGGAUGCUGGUGCCUUUCAGGUUGAAGCCCUUACUUCUGAUGCUACUGUACUGUAAUCAGGGACUGUCAAUGCAGAUCCCAUGCUAUCGCAAUACACAUACCUGUGUAAUAAUUGUUGCUCAAAUGUUUUAACAUUAAAAUUAUCCUUUUGGGUUUUUUUUUUCUUUUUAAGCAUUCGCCUCUUUCUUCUUUUUCGCGUCUCACACCCAUAGUCACACUAUGCAGCCAUUAUUAUAUAUUACCAUAAUAAAUUAUGAAUAAUGUUAUUAUGGAUAACCAAGCACAUCAGACGCUGUUUCAUUUGCAUUUUGUUUAUUUGUCGUUUUCAUACACUGCACAUAACAUUGUUAAAUACUGUAAUGGAAGUGUUUACGUUACAAGAAAAUCUUUUUUUUCUUUUUAAAAAAAGAAAAGAAAAGAAAAACAGUUAUCACUUGUGUCUAAAUGUAAAAAGAAAAAAAAAGCAUAACUUCUUAGCAAAUGCUCUUCAAAUAAACUAAUCAAGAUGGAACACAGACAUCUUUUAAGUUUUUUCUAUACUUAAGGCAUAUAAUUGCAAAUCAACAGCUAAUUUAGAGGAGAGAGGGUCGUAAAUGAAGGGCAUUAGUGCUCCAAGUCAACGAUCCAUGAUGUUGCAAUAAACGAUUUUCAUUCUGUUUGAAACAGAAAUCGAUGCUGUCUUACUUAUUAUUUUGGCAUUGUAGGUCUUUAUGCAUGCAUGUGUGUGUGUGUGUGUUGGGUCAUCUUUCUAAGAUGUAUACCACGAAACAAAUUCAACAAAGCCAGGUUAUCUUUGUGUUAGUUGGCUUGACAAAACCUAAAAUGCCACAACAGUGGCUGUCAGCUGCCUUUGUUAAGUCUGGCUUUCGUUUUUUGGCGAUCAGUAGUAUUUACCAUGGUGAUUUAGUCAGGUUAAAACAGAGCAACCUUUCUAACACUGAAAUCUCUGACUUUAAGCUUAAGAUAGCUCAUUAGCUCAUUAAUCUCACUUCGAAGUACACCUCCUCUGGUGUGUGACCCUGUGUUCACCUAAUGAUCUGUGGCACUGACACAGAAAUGGGAAGGAGGGUGUCCGGUGAUCAUCAGGUUGCUUUGGCCUUGAUAACGUGGGGAUCAGAGCAAGAAACAAUAUGCAAUCAUCCCUUUCUACACAGUUCAUUUUCACUGCUCUGCAGGAAACAGUACAAUGAUAAAGGCUCCCCAAAAAAGUAAAAAGCAAAAUGUGCAAAUUGAAAACAAUGCAACAACAGUAGCGUGUGAUUGCACAAAUUAACUGUGGUGCAAAAAAGCUACUUGCUCAUUAUUUACCAUUGGAUUAUUCAGUCAGAUGCUCUUCAUGCAGUUUGUUCCUCAGCUAUUCGAUUUCAUACAUUCACUCCUAAACUCUGUGAUGCCACAUCUCUCUUUGCCAUUUAGGCAAAGAGAGCAGAAGUAUUGAAGGUGGUGUUAAUGAGUGCAAUGACCUGGUCUGUGCUACAUAUUAACCCCUUAAGGUACAACAACAAUACAGUUUCCUCUGUUUGGAGAAUCAGACUUCUACGACACAAUCAAAUAUCUGAGCAUCAGCACAUUCAAUUUUAAUUAUCCCUCAGGUUAAAAAAGUAAGCGUUUAAAUAAAAAAAAACUAACAAACAAACUAGAAAAUAAAA